AAUGAAUAUUCCUUUACCACAAGUCAAACCAAUUUUUCAAGAUAACUCAAAAUUACAGAGUGAAAUCAUCGGACUCUUCAAGUCAGGAGAUCUUAAAUGGAACACGGGUGGAACCAUCGCAGAAAAAAAAGAAGGACUGAAUCUAGUUGUGUAAGGUUUAAAAAAAAUGUCAUUGUGGAUUGAAAGUAUCUUCUCUCUAUUCUAUCAUAAAAGGAGAAUAUGAUGCAGAAAAGAAGAAAUAAUUACAACUUUAAUAUGAAUCAAGAAUGGAGGAAACAUCUAAAAGAUUAGAAACUUUAGAAAAAUAUGAAAAAGGUGAAGUAGUUUAAGAAUCUAAUGGAAAUGGAGGUUCUAAUUAAUAACAACAAAAGUAAUAUUGUUUAAUAUCUUAGAAAAUAGGGAGAAAAAGAUUCAAAGAAUGAAUUAUCUAAUGCACUUUCUGAAGCUAUUGUUAAAGAUAAACCUAAUGUUAAAUGGACUGAUAUUGCAGGUUUAGAAGCUGCCAAAUCAGCCUUAUAAGAAGCAGUCCUUCUUCCAAUUAAAUUCCCUGAUUUCUUUGAAGGAGCAAGAACACCCUGGAAAGGAAUCCUAAUGUAUGGAGUAAAUAUUUAAAUAAAACAAAUAGCCUCCAGGAACAGGAAAAACCUAUUUGGCGAAAGCUUGUGCUACAGAAGCAGAAGGAACCUUCUUUUCUGUAUCUUCAGCUGAUUUAAUCUCAAAAUAUGUAGGAGAGAGCGAAAAAUUGAUUAAGACUCUAUUUUCUAUGGCUAGAGAAUAGAAACCAUCCAUUAUAUUCAUAGAUGAAAUUGAUUCAAUGUGUGGAGCAAGAGGAGAAGGCCAAAAUGAUGCAAGUAGAAGAGUAAUAACUGAGUUCUUGGUUUAAAUGUAAGGAGUUGGACAUGAUGAUAAGGGAGUCCUUGUUCUUGGAGCAACCAAUCUUCCAUGGGCUCUAGAUACUGCCAUUAGGAGAAGGUAUUCCUUAAUAUAUAUUAUUUGUAGAUUUGAAAAAAGAAUCUAUAUUCCACUUCCUGAUGUGUAAGCUAGAGAAUAUAUGAUAUAAAAUUCUCUCAAGAAAACUAAAACUACAUUAACAAAAGAACAAUUUGAAGAUAUUGCUAUUAAAACAGAAGGAUAUUCUGGAUCAGAUAUUAGUGUAUUGGUUAGAGAUGCUGUUUAUGAACCAGUUCGUAAACUUUAAUCUGCAAAAAAAUUCAAAUAAAUACCAGUCAAUGGUCAAUUAAAAUGGGCUCCAGUUACAGACAAUGAAGAAGGAACUCCAAAAACAUUUAUGGAACUAAAUCAACGAGAUAUUGCCAUUCCUGAUGUUUGUUACAAUGAUUUCUUAUUGGCUUUGAAAAAAUCCAAGAAAUCUGUUUCACAAGAUUAAUUAGGAGAAUUUGAAAAGUGGACUAAAGAAUUUGGCCAAGAAGGUUGAUC